GAAGAAGAAGAGGAGGAGGAUGAUGAGGAGGAGAGGAAGGUUGAAGUUAAAGGAGAGGAGGAGGGCCCCUCGGCUGGGGAUGUCUUCGCCCUGGAAAUGGAGCUUAACCGAGAGAACAAGAAGAUGAUGAAGGUGAAAAUUAGAUAAAGGCCUGUCGUCAUUCUAACAGGGUUCACUAGACUGUCAUCAUUCUAACAGGGUUCACUAGACUGUCAUCAUUCUAACAGGGUUCACUAGACUGUCAUCAUUCUAACAGGGUUCACUAGACUGUCAUCAUUCUAACAGGGUUCACUAGACUGUCAUCGUUCUAACAGGGUUCACUAGACUGUCAUCAUUCUAACAUCGGUUCACUAGACUGUCAUCAUUCUAACAGGGUUCACUAGACUGUUAGCCCGCUGAGCCUUGACAUUAGAUCAGGGAGCUAACGCAAUGCUAGCCAUAGUUUGACGAUAGUCGAAUUAUGGCUAGUCUCAGGCAAAGUUAGGCUGGUCACCAUUUGAGCCUGGUUCACUGAACCACCUCUGUUACACUUGGUCAUGCUGCAGUGUUUGUUGAUAUGGGUCUAUUGAUGGUGAUUCUGUGCUGUUCAGGAGAAACGUAACCGCAGCAAGCUGCCCCGGGCCCUGAGGGGCCUCAUGGGAGAAGCCAACAUCCGUUACGCCCGUGGAGACAAGGAGGACGCCGUCCUGAUGUGUAUGGAGAUCAUCAGACAGGGUGGGUAGUGUUCCAGGAUAGAGGAUAUCAUCAGACAGGAUGGGUAGUGUUCCAGGAUAGAGGAUAUCAUCAGACAGGAUGGGUAGUGUUCCAGGAUAGAGGAGAUCAUUCAGACAGGGUGGGUAGUGUUCCAGGAUAGAGGAGAUCAUUCAGACAGGGUGGGUAGUGUUCCAGGAUAGAGGAGAUCAUCAGACAGGAUGGGUAGUAUUCCAGGACAGAGGAUAUCAUUCAGACAGGGUGGGUAGUGUUCCAGGAUAGAGGAGAUCAUCAGACAGGGUGGGUAGUGUUCCAGGAUAGAGGAUAUCAUUCAGACAGGGUGGGUAGUGUUCCAGGAUAGAGGAGAUCAUCAGACAGGGUGGGUAGUGUUCCAGGAUAGAGGAUAUCAUCAGACAGGGUGGGUAGUGUUCCAGGAUAGAGGAGAUCAUCAGACAGGAUGGGUAGUAUUCCAGGACAGAGGAGGAACAGACUAAGCACUGACUGACAGGGCAUUUCUCUGUCACUAGACACUGCUGUAGUAGCCAUCUCAAUUCACAAAAGUCCUUGUAGAGACGUAUGCAGCAUUCAUGACAUGCUGGAACUAGGAAACUGAAAACUCAGAGAAAGAUGAUAUCUGAAUUUCCCACUUGGAAUCAGAAUCAACCAAUAUGUAGCUCUACCCAAAUAACUUAUGUUAAUUUUAACUGGGAGAGUUUCUGACUUGUCAUGAAUGCAGCAUUACUGACUGAUCUGAAUUCAUCAAAGUUGUCUUAAAAAAUAUAUAUAUUAACCAGGAAGUCUCAUUGAAGUCAAUGAGGGAGGCCUUCCUGUUAAACGCUGACUAAAUUGAGUCCCACUUAACCCUUCUAUUCACCGUUCUCCCACCAGCCCCCCUGGCCUACGAGCCCUUCUCCACCCUGGCUAUGAUCUAUGAAGACCAGGGGGACAUGGAGAAGUCUCUACAGUUCGGCCUGAUCGCUGCCCAUCUCAACCCCAGCGACUGUGAGGAGUGGGUCAAGCUGGCCGACAUGUCUCUGGAGCAGGACAACAUCAGGCAGGCCAUCAUCUGCUACACCAAAGGUGAGGUGACCCCUGACCUCUAACCCCUGGUCUCUGACCCCUAACCUGUGACCUCAAACUGCUAGAAUAUGUUUUGUUGUUGUUGAUUGAUUUACUGCUAGUUAGAGGUGGUUGAUUCACAUGGACUUAGGCCUGUUUGCUAUCCAUGCUAGUGUUUAGCUGAACUACUGAUGGCCAACUAAUGUUGUCUCAGGCUGGAGCUACUAUUAAUUAUCUAAGAAUUUCAAUCAAUCAGUCAAUGGCAACCUCACUGAAAUAAUUGUCUCCUAAGACAUUUCUCUCUCCCCAUCUCUUCCUUCUGUCUCUCUCUCUCUUUCUCUCUCUCUCUCUCGCUCUCGCUCUCUCUUGCUCUCUCUCUCGCUCUCUCUUGCUCUCUCUCUCUUGCUCUCUCUCUCUCUCUCUUUCUCUCUCUCUCUUUCUUUCUCUCUCUCUCUCUCUCUCUUUCUCUCUCUCUCGCUGUGUCUCUCUCUAUGUCUCUCUAUCUCUCUCUCUCUCAAUUCAAUUUCAAUUUAAGGGCUUUAUUGGCAUGGGAAACGUAUGUUAACAUUGCCAAAGCAAGUGAAGUAGAUAGUAAACAAAAAUGAAAUAAACAACAAAUAUUAACAGUAAACAUUACACUCAGAAGUUCCAAAAGAGUAAAGACAUUUCAAAUGUCAUUAUGUCUAUAUACAGUGUUGUAACAAUGUGCAAAUAGUUAAAGUACAAAUGGGAAAAUAAAUAAACAUAAAUAUGGGUUGUAUUUACAAUGGUGUUUGUUCUUCACUGGUUGCCCUUUACUUGUGGCAACAGGUCACAAAUAUUGUGGCUGUGAUGGCACACUGUGGUAUUUCACCCAGUAGAUAAGGGAGUUUAUCAAAAUUGGGUUUGUUUUCAAAUUCUUUGUGGAUGUGUGUAAUCUGAGGGAAAUAUGUGUUUCUAAUAUGGUCAUACAUUUUUCAGGAGGUUAGGAAGUGCAGCUCAGUUUCCACCUCAUUUUGUGGGCAGUGUGCACAUAGCCUGUCUUCUCUUGAGAGCCAGGUCUGCCUACGGCGGCCUUUCUCAAUAGCAAGGCUAUGCUCACUGAGUCUGUACAUAGUCAAAGCUUUCCUUAAGUUUGGGUCAGUCACAGUGGUCAGGUAUUCUGCCACUGUGUAAUUCUCUUUAUGUUUCCUGAUGAUUUGGUUGGGUCUAAUUGUGUUGUUGUCUCUCUGUCUCUGCCUGUUUUCCUCUCAGCCAUUAAGUAUGACCCCAGUAAUGUGCACUACCUGUGGGAGCGUUCCAGCCUGUAUGAGCAGGUGGGGGAACACAAGCAGUCCAUGGACGGGUACCGCCGUAUCCUCAACCUACUGCCCCCUACUGACGGAGAGCACUUCAUGCAGCUGUCGCGAGACAUGGCAAAGUGAGGGGUAGUCCGCCAUGCACGUGUACACAGACACAAACACACACAGAUACCGUACAAACUCUCAUUCACAAUGUGUAUAUACACAGACAAUACACACACACACACAAGCAAUGGGGGGUUAGGUUCAGUGUAAUGGUGAUGUGUGUUAGGUUCAGUGUGUAAUGGUGAUGUGUGUUAGGUUCAGUGUGUAAUGGUGAUGUGUGUUAGGUUCAGUGUGUACUGGUGAUGUGUGUUAGGUUCAGUGUGUACUGGUGAUGUGUGUUAGGUUCAGUGUGUAAUGGUGAUGUGUGUUAGGUUCAGUGUGUACUGGUGAUGUGUGUUAGGUUCAGUGUGUAACAGUGAUGUGUGUGUGUUAGGUUCAGUGUGUAAUGGUGAUGUGUGUUAGGUUCAGUGUGUAAUGGUGAUGUGUGUUAGGUUCAGUGUGUAACAGUGAUGUGUGUUAGGUUUAGUGUGUAAUGGUGAUGUGUGUUAGGUUCAGUGUGUAACAGUGAUGUGUGUGUGUGUGUGUUAGGUUCAGUGUGUAAUGGUGAUGUGUGUGUGUGUUAGGUUUUGUGUGUAACAGUGAUGUGUGUUAGGUUCAGUGUGUAAUGGUGAUGUGUGUUAGGUUUAGUGUGUAACAGUGAUGUGUGUGUGUGUUAGGUUCAGUGUGUAAUGGUGAUGUGUGUAACAGUGAUGUGUGUUAGGUUCAGUGUGUAAUGGUGAUGUGUGUUAGGUUCAGUGUGUAAUGGUGAUGUGUGUUAGGUUCAGUGUGUAAGGGUGAUGUGUGUGUUCUCUCUCCAGAAGCUACUAUGAGAGUAGUGACCUGCUGUCAGCCAUGGGGGUGAUGGAGGAGGCCCUGAGGAGACACCCAGAGCUGGUGACAGACGAGAGCAUCAACAUGGCCGCUGAGCUCUACAUAGCCAACCACCAGCACGGCAAGGCCCUUCAGGUAGCUGUUUGUGGGUGUGGGAUGUAGCUCAGUUGAUAGAGCAUGGCGUUUGCAACGCCAGGGUUGUGGGUUCGAUUCCCACGGGGGACCAGUAUAAAAAAAAAUAUGUAUUCACUAACUGUAAGUCGCUCUGGAUAAGAGCGUCUGCUAAAUGACUAAAAUGUAAUGUAAAUGUAAAUGUUAGUUUCAUAGACGUGUGUGUGACCAGUGUUUUCCCUCCUCAGGUUCUAGUUCAGUUCUGUGGGAUCGUCCUGGAGAGAGGAGAACCUAAACCAGACCUUGCAGAGGAGGAGAACCCAGAGGAGCAGGAGGAGGAGGGAAAGGAGGAGCAGGAGAAGAUGGAAGCAGAGGAGAACCCAGAGCAGGAGGAGGAGAAGAUGGAAGCAGAGGAGGAGAACCCAGAGCAGGAGGAGGAGAUGAAAACACAGACAACAGAGGAGUCUAGAGGUCUGUCCUACUGUCCUACCUUCUGGAUCUAGGACUUCUUUAUGAAGUCUAGAGGUCUGUCCUACUGUCUGGAUCUAGGACUUCUUUAUGAAGUCUAGAGGUCUGUCCUACUGUCUGGAUCUAGGACUUCUUUAUGAAGUCUAGAGGUCUGUCCUACUGUCUGGAUCUAGGACUUCUUUAUGAAGUCUAGAGGUCUGUCCUACUGUCUGGAUCUAGGACUUCUUUAUGAAGUCUAGAGGUCUGUCCUACUGUCCUACUGUCUGGAUCUAGGACUUCUUUAUGAAGUGUUGGUUUUUUAUGAGUUGUCAGUGUGGAGAGCCAGUAACAUUUCUAUGCAGAACUCUCUGAUGCCUCUAUCUUCCUCACCCUCAUCCUCUCUCUCUCCCCUCCCCCUAUCUCUCCCCCUCCUCCCCCUCUCUCCCCUCCCCCUAUCUCUCCCCCUCCUCCCCAUCUCUCCCCAUCUCUGUCGCUCCCCCCUCCCCCUCGCUCCUCCCCAUCUCUCUCGCUCCCUCUCUCCCCAUCUCUCCAUAUCUCUCUCUCCCUGUCUCUCCCCCUCUCUCCAUCUCCAGGGGAGGUUAGAAAGGUGGUAGUUCCAGAUAAUGUACCAGUGGACAUCAGAGUGAAACUCAUGGUCUGUCUGAUCCACCAGCAUGUCUACAGACCUCUGGAUGUGAGUACCACACAACGUAUCUAUCUGUCUACAGACCUCUGGAUGUGAGUACCACACAACGUAUCUAUCUGCUUUGGGAACGUUCACAUUCUCAGAGAAGUUUGUGUCUCACAUAGACUCCUACCAAAUAUCACACCUUCUAAUCGUUGUGUCUCUGAAUGUAUAAACGGCCAUCCCAUCAUCCUCCCUGUUCCCCAGUCCAUGUUGACGUCUCUGAUGGAGCAGUGCCCAGAGGAGCUGGGUGAUCUGUACCUGGACGUGGCUGAGGCCUUCCUGGACGAGGGAGAGUACAACUCAGCCCUGCCUCUCCUCUCUGCCCUGGUCUGCUCUGAGAGAUACAACCUGGCUGUUGUCUGGCUCCGACAUGCUGGUAGGGACACACACUGUCAGCUGUCUCUAACCGCCUGUUAUUUGGUCCCCAUCAUUAUCAGAUGAUUAUGAGACAUAAAAGGGGCCUCAUGACAAGUCUUAUAAUUCAUUAUAACUCAUCAUAAUGCAUUAUAACUCCAUCAUCAUAAUGCAUUAUAACUCCAUCAUUGUAAUGCAUUAUAACACCAUCAUCGUAAUGCAUUAUAACUCCAUCAUCAUAAUGCAUUAUAACUCCAUCAUUGUAAUGCAUUAUAACUCCAUCAUCGUAAUGCAUUAUAACUCCAUCAUCGUAAUGCAUUAUAACUCCAUCAUCAUAAUGCAUUAUAACUCCAUCAUCAUAAUGCAUUAUAACUCCAUCAUCGUAAUGCAUUAUAACUCCAUCAACAUAAUGCAUUAUAACUCCAUCAACAUAAUGCAUUAUAACUCCAUCAUCGUAAUGCAUUAUAACUCCAUCAACAUAAUGCAUUAUAACUCCAUCAUAAUGCAUUAUAACUCCAUCAUCAUAAUGCAUUAUAACUCCAUCAUAAUGCAUUAUAACUCCAUCAUCAUAAUGCAUUAUAACUCCAUCAUCGUAAUGCAUUAUACUUGUGAGUGUUCCCAAAGUGUUUAUUAUAAUGUAAUGUGUGUCUCCAUGUCUCCCCCAGAGUGUCUGAAGGCACUGGGCCACAUGGAGAUAGCAGUGAAGAGUUACAUUAAGGUGGUAGAGAUGGCUCCUCUUCACCUGGAGGCCAGGCUGUCUCUGUCCACUCUGCAGCAGCAGCUGGGUCGACCUCUCUGCGCCCUCAAGGCCCUGGAGCCCAUGUACGACCCAGACACACUGGCACAGGACGCCUCCGCAGCACAGCAGGUAGGUGGAGGGGACGGGAGGGUGGCAUGGUGUGUGUGUGUUGUCCCUAUGUGUGUUUUCAUGAUCCCGUGUGUGUGUGUGUGUGUGUGUGUACUGUCCAGGAGUUGAAGCUGCUGCUGCACCGCUCUACUCUCCUGCGUUCCCAAGGCCGACUAGAUGACUACCUGGAUACCAUGCUCACCAUGCUGGCUAUGUUGCUGAAGGUAGGCUUCUAACACACACACACACACACACACACACACAGACACACACACACACACACAGACAGACAGACAGACAGAGUGAUAUUGUUCCUACUGUGUUUCAUCAUCCAGGUGGCUAUGACACGGGCCCAGGUGUGUGUCAGAGCCAGCAGGUGGUCUGGGGUCAGACACCUGCGUCUGGUCAAGGUGUCCAAGGACAUGGUGUCAGACAUCGAUGACCAGGAGGCUGCCUACCAGGACAUCAGUGGUAAGACUCAUCUGAUUGAUCACAUUUUAGAAAUAUACUGAGAGGUUAAGAGAGACGAUCUCUCUCUCUCUCUCUCUCUCUCUCUUCCAUCUCCCUCCCUCCCUCCCCAGGUAAGACCAGUGUGUUGUCUCGUGAGGACUGGUGGCUGCUGUUGGUGAGGUGUGUGGAAACGCUGUGUGAGGUGAAGCGUUUUAAAGAGGCAGAGCUGCUGGUGGACUCUUCUCUGGAGUUCUACUCCUUCUAUGACGUCAAGGUAAACAGGAACCACUUUCACUUCCUGUCAUUCAAAUCAAGAAAUCAUUCAUUAUAAAGAAAAUCUUUGUAUUUGAAAAAUGACUAAUUUAUUGUUGUCUCUUUAUAAAUGUAUUAUUAGCGCUUUAUACAUGAAAUGUACGGUACAGUAAUUUGUUGUUUAGGUGAAGAGGAAAGAGCUGGAGUUCUUUGGUCUGUCGGCUGCUUUCCUGGACCAUAACUACCGCAAGGCCUACGACUACAUCAGGUCAGACUGGCGGUCCUACUGACUUUACAAAGAUAUAGUGAGAAACAUGUGGAGCUGUAGCAGUUUCCUCAUAGUCAGAGACAAUCAUAGACUCUUAUUAGACACUCAGUGUGUGUUAGGUCAGGUGUGUGUACCAGGGCAUAUUUUAGUGUGUGCGCUUUUCUAUGUGUGUGUGUGUGGUCCAUAUUGACCUCUAACCUCCAUCCAUCUGUCUGUAGGCUGACGCUGAUGGAGAAGAAGGAGUGGCCCAUGCUGUGGAACAUAUUCAACCAGGUGAUCCUUCACACACACACGCACCACACACACGGACACACACACACACCAGCUCACUCAUUCUCCCUGUCAAUCUCCCACCAGGUGACCCUUCACUCCCAGGACGUGCGUCACCAUCGGUUCUGUCUGCGUCUGAUGAUGAAGAACCCGGACAACCACGCCCUGUGUGUGCUCAGUGGACACAACGCACUGGUGUCUGGCAGCUUUAAACACGCACUCGGUACGACCACACAGAUACCGGCUACAGAUACCUGCUACAGAUACCUGCUACAGAUACCUGCUACAUACAACUAUGGCCUUCUAGCCAGGGGAAUAGUUUAUUCACAUCCAGGUUAAUGUGGAAUCCAAGUAGGAAUUGAUCUCUCUUUCCACUCUCUCUCUUUCUCUCUGUUUACCUCUCUCAUCCUUUAUCUCUCUCUUUGUUUUCCUCUGUACUUCUUCCUCUCUCUCUCUCUCUUCUCUCUCUCUCUCUCUCUGUGUGUCUCUCUCUGUGUCUCUCUCUCUCUCUCUCUCUCUGUGUGUCUCUCUCUGUGUGUCUCUCUCUCUCUCUCUCUCUCUCUCUUUCUCUGUGUCUCUCUCUCUGUGUCUCUCUCUCUGUGUCUCUCUCUCUGUGUCUCUCUCUCUGUGUCUCUCUCUCUGUGUCUCUCUCUCUGUGUCUCUCUCUCUGUCUCUGUCUCUAGGUCAGUAUAUUCAGGCGUUCAGGGCUAAGCCAGAUGAACCUCUGUACAGUCUGUGUGUUGGCCUCACCUUCUUCCACAUGGCGUCUCAGAAGUUUGUGGUUAAACGCCACCCACUGAUACUGCAGGUCAGACUCCUAUUCUGUCCCAUAGAUAGAACUGUAUAGAACCUAUAGGAUUCUAUGUGCUCAUGUGGGAUGGUUGUGGGAUUAGUUAGAACCACUUUUAAAUGUGCUAUAAAGCCUGUUAGAAAGUCAUACAGUGACCCCUUUGUAAGCGUGUAACCCUAUGUCUGUGUCGUGUGUAUGUAAACCCUGUGUGUGUUGUGUCAUAACGUCUGUGUGUGUUGUGGCAGGGCUUCUCGUUUCUGUGGCGUUACGUGGAGCAGCGCGGGCACUGCCAGGAGAGCAUGUACAACCUGGGACGGGCCCUACAGCAGAUGGGCCUCGUACACCUCUCCAUUCACUAUUACCACAAGGCUCUCAGCUUCCCUCCUCCUACACUAGAGGUAUAUACCACAGACAGACACACCUCUCCAUUCACUAUUACCACAAGGCUCUCAGCUUCCCUCCUCCUACACUAGAGGUAUAUACCACAGACAGACACACCUCUCCAUUCACUAUUACCACAAGGCUCUCAGCUUCCCUCCUCCUACACUAGAGGUAUAUACCACAGACAGACACACCUCUCCAUUCACUAUUACCACAAGGCUCUCAGCUUCCCUCCUCCUACACUAGAGGUAUAUACCACAGACAGACACACCUCUCCAUUCACUAUUACCACAAGGCUCUCAGCUUCCCUCCUCCUACACUAGAGGUAUAUACCACAGACAGACACACCCCUCCAUUCACUAUUACCACAAGGCUCUCAGCUUCCCUCCUCCUACACUAGAGGUAUAUACCACAGACAGACACACCUCUCCAUUCACUAUUACCACAAGGCUCUCAGCUUCCCUCCUCCUACACUAGAGGUAUAUACCACAGACAGACACACCUCUCCAUUCACUAUUACCACAAGGCUCUCAGCUUCCCUCCUCCUACACUAGAGGUAUAUACCACAGACAGACACACCUCUCCAUUCACUAUUACCACAAGGCUCUCAGCUUCCCUCCUCCUACACUAGAGGUAUAUACCACAGACAUGUAUAGAAGCUUGUAUGCACACAUCCACAUAGAGAAACGCACACACACCUCAUGUCUUCCUCAUCUCUCCUACAGGGUAUUGAGGCUGACCAGGUAGACCUGCGUAGAGAGAUAGCCUUCAACCUGUCAAUCAUCUACCAGGCCAGUGGAAACACUGAGAUGGUACGACACCUCAUCAACACGUACUGCACUGUAUAAUGGCCUGUCAGGUCCUCCUAUACUGCACUGUAUAAUGGCCUAUCAGGUCCUCCUGUACUGCACUGUAUAAUGGCCUGUCAGGUCCUCCUAUACUGCACUGUAUAAUGGCCUAUCAGGUCCUCCUGUACUGCACUGUAUAAUGGCCUGUCAGGUCCUCCUAUACUGCACUGUAUAAUGGCCUGUCAGGUCCUCCUGUACUGCACUGUAUAAUGGCCUAUCAGGUCCUCCUAUACUGCUCUGUAUAAUGGCCUGUCAGGUCCUCCUAUACUGCACUGUAUAAUGGCCUAUCAGGUCCUCCUAUACUGCUCUGUAUAAUGGCCUUUCAGGUCCUCCUAUACUGCACUAUAUAAUGGCCUAUCAGGUCCUCCUGUACUGCACUGUAUAAUGGCCUGUCAGGUCCUCCUAUACUGCUCUGUAUAAUGGCCUGUCAGGUCCUCCUAUACUGCACUAUAUAAUGGCCUAUCAGGUCCUCCUAUACUGCACUGUAUAUUGGCCUAUCAGGUCCUCCUAUACUGCACUAUAUAAUGGCCUGUCAGGUCCUCCUAUACUGCACUAUAUAAUGGCCUGUCAGGUCCUCCUAUACUGCACUGUAUAAUGGCCUGUCAGGUCCUCCUAUACUGCACUAUAUAAUGGCCUGUCAGGUCCUCCUAUACUGCACUGUAUAUUGGCCUAUCAGGUCCUCCUAUACUGCACUAUAUAAUGGCCUGUCAGGUCCUCCUAUACUGCACUAUAUAAUGGCCUGUCAGGUCCUCCUAUACUGCACUGUAUAUUGGCCUAUCAGGUCCUCCUAUACUGCACUAUAUAAUGGCCUGUCAGGUCCUCCUAUACUGCACUAUAUAAUGGCCUAUCAGGUCCUCAUAUACUGCACUAUAUAAUGGCCUGUCAGGUCCUCCUAUACUGCACUGUAUAAUGGCCUGUCAGGUCCUCCUAUACUGCACUGUAUAAUGGCCUGUCAGGUCCUCCUAUACUGCACUAUAUAAUGGCCUGUCAGGUCCUCCUAUACUGCACUAUAUAAUGGCCUAUCAGGUCCUCCUAUACUGCACUAUAUAAUGGCCUGUCAGGUCCUCCUAUACUGCACUAUAUAAUGGCCUGUCAGGUCCUCCUAUACUGCUCUGUAUAAUGGCCUGUCAGGUCCUAUAUGAUGUGUAUUAUGAGACAGAAUUGAUGGUAUAAGAUGCAGUGUUUCCCAAAUGAUUUUUUUUCAGCAGCAGUGGCAAAGUUAGUGUAGUGGGUGUGGCCAAUGGCGUGGUCUCCGACCGAAAAUUAGCAGAGCCAUUUUGGUGUUUUAAAGCUAGUUUCCUGCAAUUCUACACAUUUUGUCAUGGGGCUUAGAGAAAAAUGUUCCGUUUAAAAACGCGUUUCCUGCAAUUCUACACAUUUUGUCAUGGGGCUUAGAGAAAAAUGUUCCGUUUAAAAACGCGUUUCCUGCAAUUCUACACAUUUUGUCAUGGGGCUUAGAGAAAACUGUUCCGUUUAAAAACGCGUUUCCUGCAAUUCUACACAUUUUGUCAUGGGGCUUAGAGAAAAAUGUUCCGUUUAAAAACGCGUUUCCUGCAAUUCUACACAUUUUGCCGUGGCUCAUGCCGUGUUCUUAUGCUAUCUGAGUGACUCAAACAUUAUAACUAAAUCAAUGAGGGCCCCAUGGCAUGAUAUUUUGGGAAUUGUUGAUUCUCCCUGACUGUCUAGUUUUUAUUUUUGUGAUUUUUUUUGUUCACAAAGAUGAUCUUAUUUAAAAAAUAUAUAGCUCCAUGAGCUUUUCUACAUAUUUAAAGAAUGUUUUUUUUAGGAGUGGCAGCAAAAUCAUAUUUUUGGGACUGGCAGCAAUGAAACACUGAUGUCCUGACCUAUACCAUAGAAAUACUACUAGACUGUAUGAUGUAUAGGAAGUCAUAUAUACCAUAGGAAUACUAGAUGUAGCCUACAUCUACACAUCUCCAGGGGUCAGAUUGAAAAACACCCUAGUCAGUUACUCCCUGUUCCACAGGCUUGCUUAAACCGUAGUCUACUGAUGUAAAAAUGUAAACAUGUUUUGUAUAUAUUUUUGACAAUAACGCCGUAUGUUUACUGUGAAUUGUGUACAUACAUUUUGUUGAAAAAUAUAUUGGAAUACAUUGAAAUAAAAAUGAGUUUAUUAACCAUUUGUGGUGCAUAUUUUUUUAUCCUGACCCAGAAGCCUGAUAUUGUUGGAAAAACAUCUGACUGGCUCCUUUGUUUUGCUACAGGGAUUAUAAAAGUGAGAUUGACAAAUCCCUCCAUCCAUCUCUCUACCAUCUGCUAACAUCUUGCCCCUGCUGCCUCAUAGUGCUACUGGUUCACUAUGCUCGUAUACUGACUGAUGCCACUGGUCAAAACAACGUUAUGCCGCGCACCAGACAUAGCUUUUUAUAAAGUUCUUAAACGCGAUUCAAGGCUUGAUUUUUUGGGAUAGUUUUGAGUCAAUAUCUCGAUAUGCUGGCACCGUUUCGGCCUGUCACCCAGGAGAGGUGAUACAAACAUGGGAACGUACUCACUGUUGCUGCCACAGGAGCGGAAACAGUGCAGCGGAUAUGGCCUCUUCUAAAUAAUUAAGAGAAGAGGAGCGCUUUCUUUACUGCGGACUGACACAUCUAAUAACUGUUCGGUGGAAUCAUCUAUCAACUGUUCGGUGGAAAUUAACGGAGUUUAUCCACCAAUGCUAUGAAAUUUAACAGAUGACAUAUUGCAACCUCGGAUAGAGAACAAGAUUUUACAGCUGACAUUUGUCAGACGGGAGACUGAAAGGGGAGCGGAAGGGAGCGACACAGUCCGCCGCGAAGGAGCGCUGGAUCCCGGCUGGGAGUCCACAGACAGUCGGUGGGGCACGGCCCAUGCUGGGUCCGUCUCCGUGCUGUCGUCCAUGAUCAGACGUCGGGAAAGAAACAUGUAG